CUCUCUCUUCCUCUUUCUCUCUCCAUUCAGGAUAGCUGACUUGUCAUUGUGUUCUUCUGUCAAAAGUUACUACUACCACUACAACUACUACUACUACUACUACUACUACUACUACUACUAUUACUAUCACCACCACCACCACCACCACCACCACUUCUACUACAGUAAAUACAUGAGAGGAGAAGGGUAUUAAGUAAUAACAAUCGACCUAUGAAAUGCCGAAGAAAUUUAACACCUAAGUGCUUUAUAUAUUGUCAAAAAAAAGUUAGUUUGUUAGUUAGUUAUAACCCCUAUGUUAUUUGUUGCCACUACGCGAUGAAGGCGGACGACACAGCUCAGCACUCACCUAUCCUGCAUUUCUGGUCGGGGUUUCAAGUUGUCUACACUACUGUUGUUCUUAUUGCUGUUGCCCUCACUCAACAUGCAAGAUAAAUUUCUCUACCCCUGAGCUCCCUGAGCUGAUUUGCAUUGCACCUCAAUCAUGUUUUUUGGUAUUUCGACUCUUGAGAGAUUAUGAUGAUAAAUAGGGAAGUUAAUCUUGUCGUGUCCACAUUACCACCUACAACUGCAGACUGUACCACAUUUUCCUCGUGUAUAUUUGUGAGCAGCAAGUAUCAAAUAGUUUCCAAAUGUUGCUGAAGGAAUUGGAUAACCAGCUAAAACAGCCAGGUUUCGUGCGUGUAUAAGCAUUUGUAAGACAGGUAAGUCCUUGUGUUUUCAAAUCAACCACCAGCCGUCCUUAUUUACAAAUCAACCACUAACCGCCUUUGAAAAAUCUUAUUGGGAAAUAUUUCCGUCUUUCAUUGAAAGCCGUUUGAGUGAGAUGACAAUGAUGAUGAUGAUGAUGACUGGAGCUGCGGAUAAGGAGGCAAGCUAAACGCAAAUCACUGGCUUAUUGUCAUCUGUGUCAGAGCCUAUCUUUUUGAAGACUCAUGCAGGCUAUGGUCAUGGAGACUGGGUAUAGUCCAAUACCAGGACAUGGCUUGUCUCCACAAGUCGAACCGGACAUCCUGACUUCUUCUGGGAAACUCGAUCAGCGGCGCACUUCAGAAGACUCAUUUGCAGAAUAUGCAUCGCGAAACCAACAGCGUCAGCCUAACGGACCUAUCGUCCAUCGGAGAGCUGAACGGCACUUUUCAAAGAAAUUGAGGCGACGCCUUAUUUACAAAAAUGGGGAAGUAAACAUUACUCAGACUAACAUACGCAAAAGACGGCGGCGGUAUCUUGCGGAUAUCUUCACAACCCUUGUUGACAUUAAGUGGCGUUAUAAUUUAAUGAUUUUUGCCAUGGCGUUUAUAUGUAGUUGGUUGAUAUUUGCCUUAAUUUGGUGGUUGAUUUGUUUUUCACACGGGGAUUUGGAUCAUCUUGAUGACAAGAACUGGAAGCGCUGUGUUGUAGAAAUACGCUCAUUUACAUCUGCUUUGCUAUUUUCCAUUGAAACACAGCACACAAUUGGUUAUGGAUCAAGACACACAACAGAGGAAUGUCCCGAAGCAGUUGUAGUCAUGAUGAUCCAAUCGUGUUUUGGUGUUAUUUGCCAGGCCCUUAUGACUGGUAUUGUGUUUGCUAAACUUUCUCGUCCAAAAAAGCGAGCUGAAACGUUAAUGUUCAGUAAAAACGCUUGCAUUUGCAAGCAAGAUGGAGAUAUGUGUUUAUUGUUUAGAGUAGGAGACAUGCGUAAGUCUCAUAUUGUUGAAGCUCAUGUACGCGGUGUUUUAAUUAGACGAAAGACCACAAAAGAGGGAGAAAUUCUCCCUCUUUUUCAAUUUGAUGUUAAUCUUGGUUAUGAAGAUGGUCGUGAUAGAUUAUUUCUAGUGUGGCCUGUGAUUAUAGUUCACAAAAUUGAAGACGAUAGUCCAUUUUGGGAAAUAUCUGCUGAAGAUCUUCAUCGAGAACAAUUUGAAUUUGUAGUAAUUUUAGAAGGUAUCGUAGAAUCGACCGGUAUGACAACUCAAGCGAGGAGCUCUUAUUUACCCGGAGAGAUCCUCUGGGGUCAUCGAUUCGAACGCCUUAUCACUUUCCAAAAAGAAAAUGGACAAUAUCAAAUAGAUUUUUCUCGUUUUCAUAACACCGUUAAAGUUGAAACGCCGCUUUGCAGUGCAAAAGAACUUGCAGAGUUGGAUAAUGCAAUGCAGGAAACAGCCUCAAUUGAUGAGGAUGAAAAUACCUCUCUGCUGUCAAAAGCUGAAAAAUACCCAAGCCCUUAUAUUGUUAAAAGGCAUGGCGCCGUUCAGACAGACUUUCCUGAUGAUGACCAGGAGUCUUUUUCUAAUCGAGAUUCCAUACGUAGUAGACAAAACUUAUCUUCAGAUAAUGAUGGCAAAGAAGAAUCAGAAACUCUACUUUGACAAAAAAGGUGCUCCAUACCAUUUUGUUUUGAUGCUGAUGGUAAAUGGCAGGUUCAUUUCAUGGAAAACAUGGCAUUUCUUUAAUUAUUCUCUCCUCCAUGGAAUCCACUCAUGAAAGCAACUGGGGACUGUCCAAUAUUGCCAUUUCAACAAAUAAACAAAAAGACAAGUACAUACAUAUAUAUAUGUGUGUGUGUGUGUAUGUAUAUAUGUCUGUGUGUGAGUGGGUGCGUGUAUAUGUAAGUGUGUGUGUGUGUGUGUGUAUAUAUAUAUAUAUAUAUAUAUA